ACGAUACAUUCGUUUGAUUGUUGAAAAAGCAGAAGAUAGGAAAAUAUUUAUAUACAAAAGCAGGAGACAAUAAACAUGAAAGACAAUGGUUGCUAUCUGUAUAUUCGCGAAUUAUUUUUGAAGAGAACGAAAGAAGCUAAGAUUAUUAAAGUUUAUUAUUCGUUGAGCGAAUGUAUUCAUAUUCGAACUGUUAUUUGGAACAGAGUAAUGAACAUUUCUUGGUGACCUAUGCAAAAAAUCAAUAACUAAAGAAAAAUGGAGUCGAGUAAUGUGAAAGCAAUAAAAAACACGAACUAUUUUGUUCUUUUCAAAUUUAAUUCUUUGAAUAAAUUAAACAUAUUAUAAAAAUAAUACUCUAACUAUGGAUCAUUAAAAGUUUUAUUAAAAAUGAAAAGGCAUCUUAUGCCAAAUCGCUACAGAGGAAAACUUAACUGAGUCGCUGUCUCAACAUAAAUCAUCGAUAGCCUGUCAACCUUAGUCAACGAUUUUUUCAAUUAGGUUAAACUCGAUCUAAUUCAUCUGUGUUCGGUCUUUUUGUUAUGCAACUAUUUCUCUCUUUCUUAAUAUUAAAAUAUAUUCUAAUACAUAGUACCCAUAACAUUCAUCUCUAUAGCAAGUAUAUUUAGCGUGUGGGUGUUCCUUCGCUCUUAGUCCACCCAUAUAUACUCACAUACAUACACUCACAUCCACAUUCACCCUUUUAACGCGUUUUUACGUUUUUCUUCUAUAGUCUUGUUUGACUGAGCAGCGCUUUUUGCUGCAAGUCAUGCGCUGUGCUUAAAUGUAAGAAAAGACACAGCACUUGUCAGCGAUUUUCCAUGUAAGUGCUGUAAGGUGCUUAGAUAUAGCAAAAUCUAUAGCACUUUUAAGCGAUUUUCAUGGUAAGUGCCGCAAAGCGCUUAGAAAAAUGAACACUAUCAGCGCUUUUAAGCGAUUUCAAUGGUAACUACUGAAAAGCACUUAGAAAAACCGCUCUCUAAGCUAAAAUAAGGAGCGUAUUGAAGCGAAAGCCUUUUUAAGCCGCUUGUAAAUAGCUUACAAAGGCAAAAAUUUUCCCAUGGGAAUGCAUCAUUAGAAUAAAACGAAUAAUACCUACUACUGUAUCCAUGAAUGUACUAAUAUCAUGGAAACAAGAUGUCUAAUUUUUGAUGUCUAAUAUCUGCUUUUCUUACGAUGAUUUACAAUUUUUCGUACUAGUAAAUUUCUGAUUUCUGAUUUUUCAACAUGUAUGGUAGGUUAUUUUCGUCAAGAAACAGAAUUCAGCCAUUAGAGAUUUUGUAAAAGGUAUUAAUAAUUCAAGAUUUGCCACGAUCUCAGUAAAACGAAAGUGCUUGAUGAACAAAUACAGGCAAUGUUUUUUCGAAGAAUGAAUUUGUUCAAGUAAUGAAAUAAAUUUUUUCAAUAGAUUAAUUUUGAAAAAGCUUUGAUUGACGGUGCCACUGUUCCGAAAAUGUCAUUUCAAUUCAAAAGGUUGAACAAGUCACUAACUUUGAAAAUAUGCAUAAUAAAUGAUGGAUAGAGACCAAAACUGUGCAGUCAUUAUAGAACAAUCUAUAAUUGAGCAUUGUCUAAAUAGCAAAUAUUGAGUUUUCAUAAAAGAACACUCGAUUAUUACUCGCAUUGACAAUCGAUCAUACACAUGACUCUCUAUUUCAUCUUAAUCUAUGCUCGAGAAGAAUAUCAGACAAAGAGCUCGUCUGACAGAAAAAUGAAGGAAUAAUGGAUAGCUGACUGAAAAAAAUCCAAUGAAUAACUUUUAAUUCAACAAAAUAGUUGAAACAAAAUGAUCGCUCUUGACAAAGUUAAAGACUUUAACCAAAAAAGAUUUCUCGUGUUGUAGCAAAUCCGAUUUCCGCGAAGAAAAAGUUCUCUCUCUCUCAUUUUAUAGUUUUUCUUGUCUCUAUUUUAGAUUAUCCAUUACGUUCUCCAUUCAGCACCAACAUUCAUCCGAAUGCUCGAUGGCAGCAGAAUGGUAUCACUGUGGCUGGAGGAAAUCGACAAGGCAAUGGAAUCAAUCAACUCUCAAACCCAUGGGGUUUGUAUGUUGAUGAUGAUCAAACAAUCUAUGUUGCUGAUACAUGGAAUCACCGUAUUGUGGAAUGGAAACGAGGUGCAACAAGUGGCCAAGUGGUUGCCGGUGAAAAUGGACAAGGAAGUGGAGAUCAUCAAUUGAAUUACCCAUAUGAUGUGAUUAUCGACAAAGAAAGAGAUAGUCUCAUCAUAUGCGAUACUUCGAAUAGAAGAGUGGUUCGAUGGCCUCGUCGAAAUGGGACAAGUGGAGAAACAAUCAUCUCCAACAUCGAUUGUGUGGGUUUGACAAUGGACGAGAAUGGAUCUCUCUAUGUCACUGAUGAUGUAAAAAAUGAAGUGAGACGAUAUCGAAGAGGAGAAUCUCAAGGAACAGUGGUUGCAGGUGGCAAUGGAAGUGGAAAUCGUCUGGAUCAACUCUCUCGCCCACAAUACGUAUUCGUCGAUCGAGAUCAUUCAGUGUACGUAUGUGAAUGGAACAAUCAUCGUGUGAUGAAAUGGAUGGAAGGUGCAAAACAAGGCAUUGUCGUGGCUGGUGGUCAAGGAGAAGGAAAUGGUCUUACACAAUUGUCUUGUCCUCAAGGAGUCGUUGUCGAUCAAUUGGGCACUGUCUAUGUGGCUGAUGAAUGGAAUAAUCGAAUCAUGCGUUGUCCUAAAGGAGCCACACAAGGAAGUGUCAUUGUUGGUGGAAACGGUAAACGAGGACAAUUGAACCAACUCAACCAAUAUCAAUUCAAAUGGGUAACGGAUGUUGCGCUGACAGAUGUUCAUAAAUGUGCUUUUUUUCGUGAGAACGAUUCUUGCAAUAAAUGA